AUGAAGUAUUUAGCUGCUUACUUAUUAUUAGUCCAAGGUGGUAACACUACCCCAUCUGCUUCUGACAUCACCGCUUUAUUAGAAACUAUCGGUGUUGAAGCUGAAGAAUCCAGAGUCUCUUCUUUAUUAUCUGAAUUAGAAGGUAAGGAUAUUGCUGAAUUAGUUGCCCAAGGUAACACCAAGUUAGCUUCCGUCCCAUCUGGUGGUGCUGCUGUCUCUUCUGGUGCUGCUGCCUCUUCUGGUGCCGCUGCUGAAGAAGCUGCUGAAGAAAAGGAAGAAGAAGCUAAGGAAGAAUCUGAUGACGAUAUGGGUUUCGGUUUAUUCGAUUAG